GGCCUUGACGGGCCCCGGCCGCUGGGAGGCGCCGGCGGCUCCCAGCCCCGCUGGCCGGGCGGGCGCUUCCGCCUCGCUGUCCCUCCGCGGGCUAUGGCGCUCUCCCUACCCGAAGCCGCGGCGCUGUUGGCCGCGCUGGCCGCCUUCCUCCUUCUCCUGAUUUGUAUGAUUGCUUAUGUAACUGCCGUAAAAAUGCCAACCCUUCACCGACAUGAAGAAGAGAAAUUCUUCGUAGAUGCUGAAGGCAGGAAAGAACCUGUACCAAGUAUACAUGAUCCCUCUACGAAGGAACUCUCUGUUGUUGUGCCUUCAUACAAUGAGGAAGACCGGUUACCCCUUAUGAUGGAUGAAGCUUUGGAUUAUCUAGAAAAAAGACAGAAACGAGAUCCAUCUUUCACUUAUGAAGUAAUAGUUGUUGAUGAUGGUAGUAAAGACCAAACCACAAAGGUUGCAAUGAAGUACUGCAAGAAAUAUGGAAGCGACAAAGUGCGAGUGCUUUCUUUGGUAAAAAAUCGAGGGAAAGGAGGAGCAGUCAGGAUGGGUGUCUUUAGUUCUCGGGGGGAAAAAAUUCUUAUGGCUGAUGCAGAUGGAGCUACGAAAUUUGCAGAUAUUGAAAAAGUAGAAGAAGGUCUAAAAAAUCUUCAGCCGUGGCCUAACCAGAUGGCUAUUUCCUGUGGUUCUAGAGCUCAUCUGGAGAAGGACUCAAUAGCAAAGCGCUCUUACUUUCGAACUCUUCUUAUGUAUGGGUUCCACUUCCUUGUAUGGUUUCUCUGUGUCAAAGAGAUCAGGGACACGCAGUGCGGAUUUAAACUUUUAACUAGAGAAGCUGCCUUGCAGACUUUCUCAACUCUUCAUAUUGAACGCUGGGCGUUUGAUGUGGAACUUCUUUAUAUAGCUCAGCGCUUGGGAAUACCUAUAGCAGAAGUUGCUGUCAACUGGACUGAAAUUGAAGGUUCUAAGUUAGUUCCCUUUUGGAGCUGGCUGCAGAUGGGCAGGGAUCUUCUUUUUAUACGACUGCGAUAUAUGACUGGUGCCUGGCAGCUUGAAACAAGAAAAUGUAAUUAGGUUAUUUACAUUUUCCAAAUAUAUUAUUAUACUUAAUGGAACAUGAGAACAGUUUCAAUCAAGUGAAGUGGUGAUGAAAGCUGAGGUAAUUCUUCAUUGCUCCUGUUGUAUGUUUCAUUUUUGCAGCAUGUAUGUGUUUUAUAAGAUUGUCAGCAGGGAAUUUGUACAAUGUUUUGAAACAAGAAAGCAUUACCAAAAUAUUUUCUUAUCUGGUAAUCAGGUUUUUAUUUUAUUAAAUAGUAGCUUUAAAUUGUCUUAUAAAUUCACUCAAAUAAAUGUAUCUGCUUUUGUCUCUUUUCAAUUUCCUUAUACAUACUAAAAAGAGGUACUCUAUUCUACAUUGUGCAAUAUUGUGUUGUGAAUGAUCACAACCAUUUGUUUCUGUAGUAUCUGGAAAUAUAUGGCCGUAUUGCAACUUGGAAUUAUCAGUCAUGGUUUCUGCUGAUGCACGUUUAGAUUCAAUGUUAUGGGAAACAUUAAUGGGUUUUACUGAGUUACAACAGUAAUGUUCAUAAGGCUGUUCUAAGAACUUCCAGUAGUCUCUUGACAUUCCAAAUGUUUUUGUUUGAAGCUGAAAUAGUUAGUCUGAGAUCAAACUGCAGAUCAUCUCCAGACUGUAGAAGGUCCAAGAGAAAGCACAUUUCAUGUAAAAAUGUUGUCUUUUAUAAGUAUGUUUUGUUCAUAUGUACUGAUUAAUACUGCAUGCUCGAGGCUAGGAGACCUUGGCAUCUACAAAUCUGUAGUGAAAAGGGUAUGGAAAGCUAAUUCAGAGCACACAAAAAUGAGACCCAAUGUACAUUGGGGGCCUGCGCAUUAGCAAUGCCAAUUUGACGGUGUGCUUCAAAUGAAAUCAGAGAGGGAGGGGGGAGUCUAGAAUCUUUCUUAGGAAUGUCGUACUCCAUUACAGUACACAGGUUUCAAUAGCACUUUCAAAACAGUUGUGGGUUGCCAAUAAACUAAGCCAAUCUUUCUUUCAGAAACGUACAAAUUUGAGCAGAUUUAAAGAAUGAACGGUAUAUGGUUGUACUUUCACAUAUAAUUUCACUGGUGAUUUUUCUUAUUCCUUCUGCAAUAUUGAGUUGAGUUUUGCUCCUGUUAGGGUUACCUCAGUUUUCAAUAAAUUGAAGUGUUGGAAUAAA